GCACGAAAGUGCUCGCCUGGGCGGAUAAGUCGGUAGGCGCCUGGAAGAAUCCACCGCGAGAGGCCUUGAGGGGGCGGUGCCAUGUUUGGCUGCUUGGUGGCCGGGCGACUGGUGCAGACAGCUGCGCAUCAGGUAGCGGAAGACAAGUUUGUGUUCGACUUGCCUGACUACGAGAGCAUCAACCAUGUGGUGGUCUUCAUGCUGGGGACCGUGCCUUUCCCCGAGGGCAUGGGCGGGUCGGUCUACUUCUGCUAUCCCGACGAGAACGGGGUGGCGGUGUGGCAGCUGCUAGGCUUUGUCACGAACGAGAAACCGAGCGCCAUCUUCAAAAUCUCCGGCUUGAGAUCUGGGAAAGGCAGCCAGCAUCCCUUUGGAGCCAUGAAUAUCCCUCAAACGCCAUCAGUAGCCCAGAUUGGGAUUUCCGUGGAGCUGCUGGAGCUGCUGGCUCAGCAAACCCCCAUCACGAGCGCCGCUGUCUCAUCAGUCAAUUCAUUCACCGAGUUCACACAAAAGAUGCUGGACAAUUUUUACAACUUCGCUUCAUCGUUUGCCGUCACUCAGGCCCAGAUGACUCCCGACCCGGAUAAAGUGUUCAUUCCCGCCAGCGUAGGUCUGAAAUGGUACGAGAAUUUCCAAAGACGACUAACUCAGAACCCUUUCUUUUGGAAAACAUAAUCUGUUUUCAUGUUACUUGUUAUAGAUGUUAUGUACGUUUCUUAGAUGUAUUGUAUUUGGAUAGGUUUAUUGAACCAUUCAAACUGUUUUUCUGUGCUAUGUCUUUUAUGCUUUCAUAUAAAAUUAAUAAAAAGUUAUUGCAAAAGAAAACAUAAUCUGAUGUCAGGUCGUUUCAUGUGCUCUCUAAGACAAAUUGCAUCUUAAGGAUCAAACAAAGUGAGCCUUUAAAGACCGACUGGAUGGAAUACUUGCAAGUCCAAGCCUAUGGGAAAACACAGCUUCCGCAACAUCUUUGGGACUUUGUUUAAAAUUAAACCCCAUCGAAAGUAGUCACUGUAGGUUGGGUGUGUUUUUUUCCCUGUUGCUGUUGAAAAUGCUGAGCUGCAACGAGAACAAAUCGAUUAUUUGGUACAGAUAAAAUGGUGACUUGUGCCAUUGAGCCAAGGGAACCAACCAAGGGCAAGUGAUGCUCUGUCUUCUUGGUGCUUGGGGG